AUGCGUCUCGACGACGCGGGCGAAACGGGUUUCGCUUCGUGUCCAUGGCCAAUAUGGCAGACCGAUGACUUCACCCGUUGUUUCCAGCAAGACUACCUCAAGGUCUUGCUGCCAUUGGCUGUGGUCAGCCUGUCGAUCCUUCAACUCGCCGCCCAAAACAUCGUGCGAGCUGUCUGGCUAAAAAACGGCCGAGGGUACGAGCGCAUCGGCGGGGGGCCAACUACGCUAUCCCCACAUACUCAUACCGAAUUGCCCCGCGACGAGGAGCCCGUUAGCGAGUCUGAAGAUGAGGAGGACCUGACCAUUGGCGGGGGCCGUCUUGCGCUUUACAAAACCACGACGAGGGGUUCCAUCGUGCAAGCCGACGUGCCCCCCGCUCAGACGCUGUCCGUCCUGGUCGAGGAACUUGCUGUUGCGGGUCUGGUUGCCGUCAAUGCCAUCGCGCUGGCCACCGGUGCCUACGGCAGGGAAUGGGGAGGAAUUGCUGCUAUCGCCGGCUUGACCGUUUGGAUCUACGUCCUGGUCCUAACUUCGCUUCGACUAUUCUUGGGCAACACACCAUGGCGCGUCCCGCGGAUAUGGAACCACACGGCCGCCAUAUACGGCUUCCAAUGGCUCUUCAUCGUGGUCGUUUUCCGCUCCGUCUUGAUCCAUCCGAGUUCCCAGCUGACACAAACCUUGGUCAUCGUCGAGUUUGCGUUGACGUCGCUGCUAUUCGGCAUGGCAAUUAGCACCCGCAAGGGCAACAAGACCAUCUUGUUGGAGUGGGAGGACGGUAUCGAGCCCGCACGGGAGAAUCUGGCGUCCCUCUUCUCACACUACACGUUCUCAUGGGUCGACGCCAUCGUCCUGUCUGGCUGGAAGGAGCCCUUGACUAUCAAGAGGGUGUGGAACUUGCUUCCCAAGGACAAGGCCGCUGCCGUUUUGGCCAGUUACCGCCAGUUCAGAAAAACCAGCUCUCUGGCUUUCCACCUCGUGAGGUACUUCAAGGGCUUGUUGUUAGCGCAAGCCCUCUGGGCUGUUGGGGCCGGUGUCCUCACCUUUGCACCCACCCUGCUCCUUCGCGCCAUCCUCCAAUACGUCGAGGACCCCGCCAUGGCUCCUAGGAACGUGCUGUGGCUCUACGUUAUCCUCCUUCCCGUGACGGAUAUCCUCCGCUCUGUGUGCGACGGUCAAGCUCUGUGGAUCGGCCGCAAGAUCUGCAUCAACAUCCGGGCUAUCUUGGUGGGCGAGAUAUAUGCCAAGGCGCUCCGCAGAAAGGCGGCGGCCGGCAAAGACACCACUCUCGGGGCGGCGGCCGACAAGAAGAAAGACUUUGACGCUGAGGGCGCGAAGGGAGGCAUCAUCGCCAAGACCAAACGCCUCUUGGGCCUUGAGAAGCGUUCCAAGGACAACCAGACUGGUAGGGACCGGGCGACAGUCGGAGCGGAUAAAAAGGACAUGACGGGCGAAUCAGACGAGCAAGCGAAUCUGGGCACCAUCAUCAACCUGAUGUCGGUCGACAGUUUCAAGGUCUCGGAGGUCACCUCGUACCUCCACUUUCUCAUCGCGGCAGCUCCCACACAGCUCCUUGUCUCUAUCAUUCUGCUGUAUCAGGUCAUGGGUUUGAGUGCCAUCCCUGGUUUCGUCGUUAUGGCCCUGCUACUGCCAGUCAACAUCGCCUUCGGAAAAGGCUUCAACUCAAGCCAGAAGAGGAUCAUGGCUGCUACUGACAAGCGUAUCCACACCACCAAUGAGAUCCUGCAGAACAUCAGAAUCAUCAAGUACUUCGCCUGGGAGCAUCGCUUCGCAACCAUCGUCGACGAGAAGCGGCGCGCUGAGCUCAAGGCUUUGCGGCGGAGGUUCAUGAUCUGGGCUGCUGCCGUUGCCGUUUGGAAUACCGUGCCAAUCUUGAUCACAUUCUUCUCCUUCCUCAUUUACACAAUCGUUGAGAAGAAGCCGCUGUAUCCGUCCGUCGCCUUUACUGCCAUCUCCCUCUUCAUGCUGCUUCGGUACCCCCUCGACCAGUUGGGCGACAUGAUUGCCCAUGUUCAGGAGUCUCAAGUGUCGAUCGACCGUAUUGAGGAGUUUUUAUCCGAGGAGGAGACCGAAAAGUUUGCCCAACUGGGAAUCGACAACGUCGAUGAGAACGGUAACCGGGUGAUCGGGUUCCGAAACGCGACGUUCGUUUGGGGGAGCAAGUCGACCGUUGCGGAGGACGGGUCCAUGGCUUUCCGCUUGCUUGAUCUCGAUGUGGACUUCAAAAUUGGCAAACUCAACGUCAUUACGGGCCCUACAGGAUCUGGAAAGACCUCCAUGUUGAUGGCGCUGCUUGGAGAGAUGACCAUCAUGAAGGGCCGCGUCUACCUGCCAGGUGGCCGCAGCCGCGAAGAUGUUCACCCCGACCCGGAGACGGGGCUCGCGGAGACGUGCGCCUAUGUCGCCCAGCAGGCCUGGCUUGUCAAUGCCAGCAUCAAGGACAACAUUCUGUUUUCGGCUCCAUUUGAUGAGCAGAGAUACCGCGAUGUCAUUGUGGCCUGCGCCUUGGAGCGCGAUCUGGAGAUUCUCGAAAACGGUGACGAAACCCUAGUCGGCGAGAAGGGGAUCACGCUCUCCGGCGGUCAAAAGCAACGCAUCUCGCUGGCAAGAGCCGUCUACUCCAACUCGAAGCACUUGCUCAUGGACGACUGUCUCAGUGCUGUUGACUCUCAUACCGCCCAGUGGAUCUUCAACAAUUGCAUCAUGGGGCCCCUCAUGCGUCACCGGACAUGCAUUCUCGUCUCGCAUAACAUUCCGCUCUGCGUCCCCCCGGCGGAUUAUGUGGUGACCAUGGCCAACGGACGUGUCACUGGUAAGGGAACACCGCAAGAGCUCAUCGCUACUGGGAACCUUCCAGAGGAUGCCGCCGUUCAGAGGUCUGCUCCUGGCUCCGCCCACAUCUCGAGGGUACCCUCCCGCGUCCCCUCGAGUGUUGGCGAGGAGAGUGGUGACACUCUGGUCAACGAAGCGGAUGGCAGCCAGCAGAAGACGAGGGACGAGGCAGCCAAGAAAAAGGGGAUCAAGCAGCAGGACGCGAUGGAGGAGCACAAGGCGGUAGGCGCCGUGCAGUGGCCCGUCAUGAAGCUCUACCUGCGGUCUAUGGGAAGUUGGUGGUUUUGGGUUAUCGCGUGUCUUGUCUUCGGGGCACAGCAGCUCUCUGGCGUUGCUUCCAGCCUCUGGGUCAAGGAGUGGUCCAAUCAGUACGCCGCCGAAGAGACGGUUAAGAUCGAGUUCAACAUGAAAUCGCAAACCUACUCGGUCCAGACUCUAUCCCCAACGUAUUUUGCCUUGAUUGCGAACCACGCUCAGGGCAACACGACGAUCAUUUCCGCCGCCCAGGCGCACGAAGUGAACGUCACCUACUACCUGACAGUGUUGGCAAUUAUUGGCAUAGCUGGCGCGGUAGCCGCUCUUGUCAGGGAUCUCUGGAUCUUCUUCGGCUCUCUCACUGCGUCGUGGAAGCUACAUAACCGCCUGAUGGCUGCCGUGGCCGGUGCCAGGUUCAAGUUCUUCGAUAUCACGCCCAUGGGCCAGAUCAUGAACCGCUUCAGCAAGGAUCUCGAGGCAGUCGAUCAGGAGGUUGCGCCCAUUGCCAUUGGAGUCAUGUCGUGUGCGUUGGGCAUCGUCGUAACUGUCGUUCUCAUUGCCUACAUUACCCCUGGUUUUCUAAUCGCCGGCAUCUUCAUCACACUGGCAUACGUGUUCCUUGGGCAAUUUUACCUCCACGCGUCCCGAGAUCUGAAGCGAUUGGAAUCGGUGGAGAGGAGCCCUCUCUUCCAGCAGUUCGGCGAAACGCUGACUGGAGUCACCACCAUCCGCGCGUAUGGCGAUGAAAGACGCUUCAUUCGCGAUAACCUGGCCCGGAUUAACACUCAGUUGCGGCCCUUCAUAUAUCUGUGGGCUGCUAACAGAUGGCUCGCAUUCAGGACCGACUUGCUCGGUGACUUUGUCGCCUUCUUUGCGGGGGUAUUUGUCAUCCUCAGCCUCGGCAAGAUCGACGCGGGCUCGGCCGGCAUCUCGCUCAGCUAUGCCAUUGGCUUCGCGGACAAUAUCCUCUGGCUGGUUCGUUUGUAUGCCAUGAACGAGCAAAACAUGAAUUCGGUCGAGCGCAUCAAGGAGUAUCUGGAAGUGGAGCAAGAGGCGGCAGCCAUUGUUGAGAAGAACCGGGCGCCCGAGAACUGGCCCGCCAAGGGGACGGUCGAGUUCAUCAACUAUACCACGCGGUACCGCAAGGAACUGGAGCCUGUCUUGAGGAAUCUCACAUUCAGGAUUGAGGCACACGAGAAGGUUGGCAUUGUGGGGCGGACCGGCGCCGGCAAGAGUUCGCUCACGCUGGCCAUCUUCCGGGCUCUGGAGGCGGACGAAGGCAAGAUUCUUAUCGACGAUAUUGACAUUAGCCAGAUCGGUCUUCGUGACCUGCGCGAGGCCAUCACGAUCGUGCCUCAAGAGCCCACGCUUUUCACUGGCACCAUACGCACCAACCUCGACCCCUUUGACUUGUACACCGACGAGCAGAUCUUCAACGCGCUGCGUCGUGUCCAUCUCAUUCAGCCUGACGAGCUCACAGCCGCCACAAACCCGCCUAUGGCUCUGCUGCCCGAGGCCACGACCGCCGCCGACAAUGUUGCCGCCAUACAGAGCCAAGAUCAACAUGGUCAACAACAGCAACAACAAUCCCGCCCCCCCUCGGUAACGAACAAGAACAUUUUCCUCGACCUCUCCUCUCCCGUCUCCGAGUCAGGCAACAACCUCUCGCAGGGUCAGCGCCAGCUCCUCUGCCUAGCGCGAGCCAUGCUCAAGAAGCCGAGCGUGCUGGUCAUGGACGAGGCGACGGCCUCGAUCGACUACGCGACCGACUCGGCGAUCCAGGAGACGAUCCGCGAGCUGACGAGCACCAUCAUCACGAUCGCGCACCGGCUGCAAACGAUUGUGGACUAUGACAAGGUGCUGGUGCUGGACAAGGGGCGGAUUGUCGAGUACGGGCAUCCGUGGGAGCUGAUGAAGAAGGGUGGCGGGGUGUUUAGGGGGAUGUGUGAGAUGAGCGGGGAUUAUGCGGCGCUGGCGGCUGCGGCGAAGAAGGCGUGGAAGGGGAAGCAGCUUGUGGAUGUUGAUGAGGAGGAAAGGGAGGGUGGUGGUAAUGGAGGUGAGCAGAGUGGGAGUGGGAGUGGGAACAGGACCGCAGCUACUAAUGAGGGUUCGUAA